GCAAAGUCGGGCCAGGCUUCUCCUUGGAUAUGAGUGAUUUGGCCUUCUUUCUUUUCUCUGUUAAUAAAUGUCUUUACUGCGCACUUGAAUUACUUCCCGUCGUGGAUAAGAAUGGCAGGCCUGAGUCUCUCGCAAAUAAGGCCACUGUACUGGGCUAUAGCUUGGUCACUGUGCCAGUUCACAGCCGUCUCCGGCCAGUUUUUGACCAGUCUUGUGCCCAGGCAAACAGGCUCCCCUGGUAGCCGUCCAUGGGGCCCCGGCCAGGGACCCCCUCCUUGGGCGUCGAGUUGGCUCAUAUGCGCAGGCCACACAGACUACAAUGGAUGCGCGCCCUUCCAAGGCAGUGGAUGCUGUCCUCAGGGACUGGCGUGUCAAGCCGAUGGCUACUGUGUCGCUGGCAUUACUACCUCCACCACAUCGACGGUGGUCUGCGACAAAGGCUGGUUCGGCUGCUCAUCAGGCCAGGGAGGAGGAUGUUGCCUGAACGGACAGGUGUGCGGCUCCGGAGACUGUACCUCCUAUGCGUCGGUGACGACGACAUCCACUUCUUCUGCACCUGACGGCCACACGACUGUGGCUAUCAGCACUUUUAUUUCGGCCGCUGUGACGAACCAGAUAGACCCGAAUCUGACCGCUAUCAUUUCAACCGUAAUUUCAGGAACGGAGACAGUUCCCCAAUUAUCAAGAACCCUGUUCGGCAACGACGCCUCCACGGGCAGCCGGGAAAGUCAGGCGGCGGCCACAAGUACUGGGAGCAGUUCAUCAGGGGGGGAUACGGGAUCCAGUGUCACCGGAGAGAGACUAACAGCCGGUCAAAUUGGAGGCAUCAGCGCAGGCGCCGUGGUGGGCUUCUUGCUCCUGGUAGCACUGGGCUGGCUGCUCGUGCGGCAUCUGAUCCGGAUCUCCCGCUUUAUGGACAAGUUCAACAGUCAAACUCGGGAACGGCUUGGACAAUCAACAGCGCAGGGGAGAGGAGAGCACAAGAAAGAGGAUGAUUUGAAAAUACUGAAUGAUAGCAAUGGCGGCGAUAAGCAAUUGCCAACUGAGCUGUCGCCUCAGGAGAGACCACAGCUACUUGACGAGUGGGGGAGACAUGGGAGUCGGGGGAAUGAGCUCGGCGGCCAAGAAGCGCAUCAUAUAUCCGAACUUGAUGGGACAAGUGUAAAUAGAUAACCAGAGCCCGGAGGUAUCGCGGAUGAUGCCGUGUUUCUUUGAACUAGGAUGGCGGCCAUAAUGUUGGCCAAGGGUGGCAGGUGUUUAUCAACACGGCCGUUAGUAAAGGGAGGAUUUCAAGUAAUAACAGAUUUGAUGACAGACCCAGGUAAAAGGAUUAACACCAUGGAAUACCGUAAUGUUG